UGCCCGGCGCCGGGUCGCGGCAUGGAGGGCGGCCGGGCAGGCGCCCGGUACGGAUCGCUCGAGUCCACCCGGUGGCCGCCCGCCGGCACGGCGGCAGAGGAUGAGAUUAUUUCCAUGGCUGACUCAACCACAACCAUUGAUGAUAUUGAAGGGGAGCUCUUCAAAAUCGAGAGGAUCAGAGAGAUCCUGGUGAGAAGGGAGUCAGAGCUGCGAUACAUGAUGGAUGACAUUCAGCUUUGCAAAGAAAUCAGCCGGCUGAAAAAGGAGCUUCAAAAACUCAUAGCCCUUCCGGAGACUGAGAAGUCCAAUGAGGAGAAGCAGAAGGAAGAGGAGCUGGUGCAACAGAUACACAAGCUGGUGGAAACGCGGGAUUUCCUGGUGGAUGAUGUGGAGUUUGAAAGGCUCAGGGAAAAGGAAGAAGACAAGGAAAUGGCAGAGUUCCUGCAAAGUAAUCUCUCCAAAAACUACCUCCAGAAAGCAACUCCUGUCAGAGAGAAGAAAAUGACUUCCAGGGGGCAGCAAACCUCCGCACCAUACAUGACCAAAACAGGCCUCACCUUGCUCAAGGAGUGCUGUGGCUUCACCUGUUCUAUCAUGUAGGCCAGCCCCCAGCUCCUCUGCGCAGGACAUGAUCACGGUCUCCAGGCAGAGUCCACAAUCUACUCUCCUCUGAGAGUUUCAUCUUCCUGUCAUUGUUCAUGCUUCCCACCGCAGCACCAACACUGAAGAAUUUCCAAGCAGGCUGGUGCAAGCUUAGAUGAUGGCAUGUUUUCUUGGUGCCACAUCAGCGGUCGUCUCCUUCAUGACAUCAACAAACACUGAAUUCUACCCAAGCUCAGGUUGGAAGAGGCAUGUGCAGCAGCAGCAAGAAAGUCCAUGACAAAGAGAACCGACGUGAUUGUUUACCUGAACAGAAUAAUAAAACAAGCACUGGGAGCUAAUGUUUGGAUCCAUGAUCCAAAAAAUGCUGUGGCCAUGGAUGAGCUCUCAUCCUUGGCCCUUGUACCAUCUUGUUGGGUCUCUUUUAUCUGGACUCUUUGUAGGGAAUGUCUCUAUUUUGGAUUUUGUUGUCUGCAUCGGUUUUAAUGCAAUGUGAUGGAUGGUUCUGGGUGGAGUUGUGGAAAGUGGCACGGACAGUGCCCAUAGGCAGCUGAAUGAAGGGUUAUUUCUUAUGAAGUUACUACUUGAGCACAGAUCUGCUGUGUUGAAGAGUGAAUGAAUGAGUUGGUUCCCCACCUCACUGCUACUGGAUUCAGUUCAAGCUCAGAAAAAAAAUGGAAAAUUAGAGCAAAAGGGAAAAUAAGAGAAAUUCAGGAGAAGAAUGGGGCAAAGUGCAGAGGGAAAUGAAAACCAAACAAGAAACUAAAAAUGUAGCAGGGAAAAUGAGGAAGAGCAGAUGAGAGACAGUGUCACUGCCAGGAAUGUCAAGUCUUGCCCUCUAGUUUCCCAGGCAACGCUUCUGGGCUUGGCAUCAUGAGCUGGUUAUAAAGCACUGUGUGAAGGAUGCACACACCCCAAGGUGUUGCAGUCUAUGCUGUCCCUUCUGAACACUCACUUGUCUCAUGAUGGCACAGCUAGAGCUGCUAAUGACUAUUUUGGGAGGAUAGAGGCUCUCUAGCUGGCUGUGAAGCUUCUGCCCUGCGUAUCCUUCUGUCCUUUAGGAUGGCAUGGUUUUGCUGGGUGUCCUGGGGUAGCCUCCCAGAUGGGUGGCUGCCCAAGAUCUCUGAUUGUUCUCUGGCCAAAAUACUGAGGCCAUCAACUCAGUCCUACUGCAGCUUGCUAUAGGGAUGUGUUCCUGCCUGGGUCACUGUCCAAUAUGCCUUUGCAGGUGAGCUGGUCAUAUCCCAUGUGGCUCUUUUCAUUGCGUCUCCUGCUAUUUCUGCACUUGCUAGCAUGUUCAUCCUUAUAUAACACAAAGCAGGUGUGAUCCUUCCUUGUGCAACACCAUAAGCAGGUCCGAGUUCCUCCUGCAUUUCUUUAUCAGCACUGCUGUAAGACCCAGUAUGUGAGACCCAUUUUCUAAUUCUGCAAGAGGGCUGCCAUUUCCUUUUCCUUUCUGAACAAUCUUCUCCCCAAAUGGUUUUUAUUAGAAGUCAGAAAAGGCCACAAACUCUAAAACAAUCCCUUUUCACUCACAGGACCAGGUGUGAGGCUCAAAUCAGCUAACAUGGUACUUGGUCAUCUGCAGCAAACUUGACCCUGUUCUAAUUCAUGUCACUUCUGAGCUGACCUCAGUGGUCUCCGUCUGGAACCUGCCUUCAUUUUGUGAUGCUCAUUAUUGAUGGCUUAUGGCAUCCUACAGCCACUGCUUACUGAUUCUGGUGCUCUCUUUGUUUUGGAGCACCUUGAUUUCAGGCUGGAGGGAAGGCUGGAAAGCACUGGAAAUAGCAGAAGUAAAUUAAGUCACAGAGAGCUCCCUUCUGUUCUGCUAACCUGUAUAACAGAGAGACGUGCCUCCACACUGCAGAUCACACCUGAAGCUGUUGCCCAGGCAGGAGUGGUGGGUAAUGUCAUAGGCUGUGAUUGGUAGCAUCAGACCUGAAUCUGAUGGGACAGAUUGGGCCUGUGUUACUCCCCAUUCUUCUAGAUGCUGUCCAGUGACUACUUUUCUCUGUCACUCUGUGGUCACCCAUGUGGUACAAUAUGGAUGUUUGCUUUGAUCCAUACAGACCAAUGGUUGAAGACCCCCACUGUCCUUGUCUUCCACAGGAUCUUAUUGGGAAGAAUGAAUAACUGAGCCGGUUUGCUUGGUUGGGCCAAAAGCAAAGAAAGGCCUUGGAUUCAAAACUUUCUCUCCAAGCUGAUCCUUACCUCCACCCUAUAAGGCCUGGAUUUCAGUUGCUGGAGCAAUGCUUGGGUGGGCAGAGAGGAGUCUCUGAGAAGGAGAUGGGGAGAAACCUGUCUUGGUCUGUACUGUGUUUUCUGGUUGUAUUUGUGUAGGUGAUCGUGGAGAAGGAGACAGGCUGCUGUCCUGGUCAUGCAGUCAUAUUCGGCCUGUAUUUUAACUGAUGGCAAAGGUGCACAGCACACAGGAGCAACACUCUUUCAUGUACAUUUAUUUUAACACAAACAAAUAAAUACCCGU